GACAGAAUACGUAAAUUAAAUUUUGUAUUUUAAAUUGAAGAAAUUUGGAACGCGUAAAUAAACGGAUUGAAAAUAACAAGUAUUAUAGGUGCCCCUUUCAAAAAAUUUAGAAUAAUUUAAAAAAUAUUCUGCGCGCUAAAUGGAAGCUAUUUUGACAGAAUACGUAAAUUAAAUUUUCUAUUUUAAAUUGAAAAAAUUUCGAGCGCGUAAAUAAGAUUGAAAAAUAAAUGCUAAAUCGAGUGUUGGCCACCCUGGAAUUUUGCAGAAUUGUGUUCGAAAAACUUCCUGUUGCGUUGGAUUGACCAAUCGAAAGUAGAGAAUUGUUUCGUCCUGAUUGGUUGGACGAGUGUCAUUUCAUUUUGACAGAUGGAUUUUCGAACACGACUUACGAGUUAUCGGAGUACCGAUAAUAUAGAUGUCAAUACGCAGAGAGCUGUCAGAAUUUGUCAAACGUUAUCACGCUCGUUACGUAGAUAUGUGUUCGACGAUUUGAAUCGCGAAACUCGGACGCGAUAAGUCAGCCUCUGCGAAUGCAUUUGUUGAGCGAAUACUGAAUACAGAUUUAUUUCUUUAUACUUUAUCUCGUAAUAAAUCGGCAUAACCUGUUUACGCGCAUAUACGUGCGAUUUUAAUUACUCGCGUUAAUUAACACUCGGUGUUUUCACUAUUGCGAGACUUUUUCGCGACUGUAUAUCAUUUAUCGCAGUACUAUGAAGUUACACGAUGGAGCUCUCCGAAUCGCGUAAUCUCGUUAAGGAUUUAGAUUUAACCCUUCAACCGCGAAUCGCUCCGCGAUACAAGAUCUGGCUUCCCCUCGCCACACAACAGUUGCGGCUCAGAAGUUUAGUACAAAUAAUAGGCCAUAAUCUGAAAGCCAAUGUAAAUGGAGAAGUAUGUUGGUUCUAUUACACGCUGCAUAGAUCAAGCAUGUCGUCUCCGUUGUAUACCAGCGAGGCCAUCGACAAUGCCAAUCCAAGGUGGUCGAGUCUUGAGGUGCCCACUUUGCAUGCCACAGGUUACUCAACAGCCAGUGAGAUUAUCCUAAGAAUCUGGAAGCGUUCAAUGCCGGGUGACAAUACAGCUGAUGUAACCCUCUUCACCUGGGGAAUAUCUUUCACCGGAUUAAUAUACAUCGGUCCUAAACUUCCAACUAAUUUAGAGAACAUCCUAAGAGAAAACUCUUUGAUAUUCCAUUUUCAAGGUGGAUAUUUUGCUCCCGCAUACUGCUUUCUAACAAGUCCGGAAUUAAAGAGAUACCUUUACAUGAAUAUAAAUGUGUCCGAAGUUAAGAGUAGCUAUACUGUGAAUAAGCUUAGCAGUUUAAGAAGCAAAAUGCAGGCACUAAAGCAACAAACAGAAUCGGUGCAAGCACUCAGAGUACGCAUCGCUUCGGGUGAUGACUUUCAUACUCCCAAAUAUCCACAGACAACUUUGAAUCGACUAUUGCAACCACGGAGAGUGAACAGGGAAAAGAAAAUGGAAAUUAUGAAAAUACGUAAAGAGCUAGAAAUGGCUAAAUUUAGGACGAAAUUAUUAGAACAAGAGAGGGCGCGAAAAAUGGCGGAAAUUCGCGUAUUGAAUCAAUUACACACUAACAUUGUAGAAGAAAAUCAAGAUCAUGGUUCUGAUUUGAUGGAAAGAUAUAGAGAGCUGAAUAAAGAUAUGGAAAGGCUGAAUGAAUGGCGACAAAAUCACAUGGAUAGAAGGGAAACGUAUUUGCAAAUGAGUAGCCAACUUGCGCAAAGACGACGACAGUUAAUUUCAGAAUUGAGUUUAAUAUACUCGAUUAGACAGGAUAGUUUUGGAAAAUUCAGAAUAAACGAUGUUUAUUUGCCAGACAGCGAAGAAUUAGAGUUAUCGAAUGACACCCAAGUAGCUGUGGCGUUAGGUUUCGUCGCGCAUACAACGCAGAUGAUUGCAAAUUUUCUAAAUGUACCGACCAGAUAUCCUAUUAUACAUUAUGGCUCGCGCAGUAAAGUUGUAGAUCACAUUAUAGAAAGUUUACCCGACAACGACAGACAAUUUCCACUAUUUGCUCGAAGUAAAGACAAAUUGCAAUUCCAUUAUGCUGUAUAUCUGUUGAAUAAAAAUAUCGCGCAACUUCGAUGGUAUUGCGGCCUCCCUACCGCCGAUUUAAGAGCGACGCUACCAAAUCUCGCUACGCUAAUUAACAUAAAACCCAACCAGAUGCACUUGGACGAUUCGAAACGAACAUUUUCUACUUCAUCUUUGGACACUGAAGGUGGUAAUAGUAAACAGAAUCCACCUCUUACUCCACCACUUCAAAAAAUAAUUUUUGAGAAAUGUCACCGCUCCUCGCGGUCGAUGAGUCAAUUGAGGAAUAUCAAGUCGACGUUGGGAUCUUCUUUGGAUCAGGGUCUGGAUAAACCUGUGCAAUCACCUGCCCUGGGUAACCAAUCAAAGCGUAUUUGUAAAUCAGAAGAGAGUGCCAUUGACAAUAAAACCUUGGUACUGGCUAAAGACAGGUCAAGUAAUAGCAGUAACGAGACGUUAAACAGUGCCAUUCUGAAUAAUAUCGAUAAUAUAAGUCUUAAAGAUAAAGAUAAUUUUGUCGAAAUUAGCAAUAAGGUUGUUAUUGAGAAUAAUAUCGAAAUUAUGAUACCUACAUCGGUUUCUAAAGCGAGGAAUGUUGCGGAUAGCAUGGAAAGUAGUUCGGUGAGUGUUCGAGAUAGAAGCUCCAAUUCUAUAAGUAGCUGCGAAAUGGCUCUCAGUAGUAGCCAAAACGAUGCGGAUGAUAAUUCUAACGAUUAUCAUGCUAGAAGAGAGGGAAACGAUGAUAAUGUGUUCUCGAUGGAUAACAGUUUGAGAAAUGUCAAAGAUGCGAUAGAUAGUGUUUUAAGGAAUGGCGAACACUCUAAAGGAUAUAAUUCCAAAGACGACGUUCCACAAAAUUAUGACACGAGUAGUAGUACAAUUAUGAGCGAACAAAGUGUUCAAAGCUCGCUUACGGAAAAUGCCAUUUAUAGCAGAGAAGGUUUUGCCAAAUCGUGUUUAUCUUUGGAUGAUGUGUGUACUUACGAGGAAUCAAAACAAAAGCAGAGAACAAAUUCCAUUUGCAGUUAUCCAGAAGAAUAUACAAAAAAUGCUGCAUUACAACAAAAAUGUAGCUUUGAGUCAACAGAGGAUAGACCGAAUUAUCCUCAACAUGUUGAGAAAUGGCCUCAGACUGUUGUAAAAAACGAACCAAAGAAAGUGGAUGCGAGAUCAAUUUUAAAUACAUCAAACUCAGACUGCUAUUCGUACGACGAAGUGAAAACGCAGUGUGACAUUCAAGCGUCGAGUGAGUAUAUAGAUAUCAUUAGGCGUAGUUCGGAGAACGUGUGCGCGCGCACAGAAGCUUUAGCUAACAAGAAAACUAGUUUCAAAGUUAUGAAACCGCGUCUUUAAUAUCUCUGCCUACAUCACAAAACUGUGCCCUAAUAAUAAUAUGUAUAAGCACCAAAAAGUCACAAGAAGACACGUUCAGUUCAUAUGUCAGAGUUACAUGCGGCAUCUCUUUCUUUUUUAUGUUCAUUGUACAUAAUUAUGCAAAAUAAUAUAAA